AUGCUUUUGGCCGCAACCGCCAUCUUCCUCUACUACACCACAUGGACGCUGCUCAUGCCGUUCGUCGAUCCGGGCCACCCUCUGCAUGACCUCUUCCCGCCCCGUGUUUGGGCCAUCCGCAUCCCCGUCAUCCUGACUCUCCUGGGCUCCGCUGUCGUUGGAACGUUUAUCGGCAUUGUGAUGAUCAACAGCAACAAGAAGAAGGCCGCCAAGGCCAAGGCGGCAGCUGCGAAGAAGAAGACUUGA